UGGCUCUCUACAGUUCUUUGCGAGCCACUGGUCCGCAAGGAUUUGUCCGCUUCAAUGUUAGCUGGGCUGGCUGCCAGGUUGCUGCUGGCCAUUUUGCCUGGAAUUUUGGCCUUCAAAGCUGGAGAUGCCACCAGCCACGGGCUGCGCGUGACAAGCGCCAGGUUCCAGCAUGUGAAGGAUACCGAAUCAUCGUCCAGCUCUCGGAAACACAGCUUUCUUAGAAAGUUCAAAGGUCGAUCAGCCUUCUUGCGCUCCCGAAGCGUUGCCAUUAUCCCGCAGCCAAAGACGAUGGACUUGCUUGGCGGGGAGGAUUUGGUGUUGACGACUGGGGCAGCCGUGCGCGUGUCCACCCCGAGCUUGGCGGAUUUGGCGGCGCUGCAUGGCGUGCUGGGCAAGGCAGGCUUGAAGGUGGACACCCGCGCCGAUUUGCCUCAGUUCCUCUUGGUGCGGGAGGGCAGCGACAAUGCUGAGAAGUACACACUGUCCGUAUCCUCUGCAGAUAAGGUGGUGCGGAUUGGGGCUUCUAGCAGCCACGGCCUCUUCAACGGCUUGAUGACGUUGCGGCAACUGCUACGUCGAGGUGCGGCCGGGACCUGGCGGCUGCCCCAGGUGCAGAUCAGCGAUGAACCUGUGCACGAGUGGCGGGGCCUGAUGCUUGACGUCAGCCGUCACUUCUUCAAUGCCAGCGAUGUGAAGCAUCUCCUGGACACAAUGGCUUUGUACAAGCUGAACCGCUUUCACUGGCACCUCUCUGACGAUCAGGGUUGGCGCAUGCCAGUGGCAAAGUACCCCAGGCUGACACAGGUGGGAGCGUUUCGGGAAGAUGGCCAUGGCUCCGACGCUCGUUAUGGAGGCUUCUACAAUGAAGACGAGGUGAAGGAUAUCGUUGCUUACGCGAAGUCGUUGCACAUUGAAGUGGUCCCAGAGCUCGAUUCACCUGGCCACAUCCAGGCAGCCGUGGCUGCGUACCCGGACCUCGGGAAUGCGCCUGCGGUGGUUGCCACCCAGUUCGGUGCUCUGGAACACACCAUGAAGCCUUCAGACCAGAGCAUGAACUUCAUGGCUGACGUGAUUUCAUCCACUGCUCACCUGGUGGAUUCCGAUUAUUUCCAUGUGGGCGGUGACGAGGUUGUCACUGGGCAGUGGUCUACCUCACAAGCCGCGCAAACAUUUCUCGCAGAGCACCACAAAAAGCGACUGGAAGAUAUUGCCAGCGUCAUGACCAAAAGUGCAGUGGCUGCCGUGAACAAGCUUGGUCGACGUGCUGUGGUGUGGGAUGAUGCGAUGAGCAGGGACCUGCCGAAGGACACCGUUGUCAUGCUGUGGCGCUCAUGGCUGGGUGUAGGCCGUUUGGCGGAAGAGGCCGCCAGCCGCGGCCAUGCGGUCGUGAUGUGUCCGCAAGACCGCACGUACCUGGACCAGUUUCAGAGCAAGGGCGGGGCUUCCGAUGCUUUUGGCGCCAUUGGAGGCUUUCUGGAUCUCCUGAAAGUCUACGAGAUGGACUUCGACGGCCACGGGGCCGCGGUGCUCGGGGGCCAGGGCCAGCUCUGGACGGAGUACAUCGAGGACCGACGGAACCUGGACUACAAGGCAUGGCCACGGGGCAUCGCGCUGGCGGAAGCCACGUGGAGCGCGGCGCGGCGCCCCGGCUUCGACGACUUCCAGCGGCGCCUGGCGCUGCACCUGGAAGAGUUGCGCACGUCGCAGGUGAAUUUCCGCGAGGCGGACGGCAAGCAGGCGCUGCCUCGCAGCCAAGUCUUGGAGGAAAAGAGCCCCCAGGCCACGCCCAGGCCACCUUCGAAUGCUGUGCGUACCCAAGAGCAACCGGUCCACGAAAGCUGGCUGCGGUCAAUCGUGGAGGGUCCAAUGCUUCGGCAGACGGCGGUCCACGUGCGCAACAGAGAGCUCAAGCAAAAGGCCACGAAGGCGACGGUGAGGAAAGUGCGUGCAGCGCUCCGGCCCACCCAUAGGCGUGUUGUCCUGCGCGGCUUUCAUAGGAGCAAGGGAUAGUGGCUUGCCAAUGCGCAAACAGCGAAGCACGCUGG